GCGGAGCGCUCCUGAGCGCCUGGUCACUAAAGGGAGCGGUGAGAGAGCACAGAAGAGAGAGAUUUUGGCUAUUUUCACGCAAACCAAACCGGAAAAACGAGCAGUCUUCGACUUUUUAUCAUUAUUUUAAUCUUUUUCUUUAUUUAUAAUCGGUAAAUACAGCUUCAUCGCACAGUGAAUGAAUCUGUGAGGCGAAUAUCAACAGGAGCGCGCGUCAUUAACGCCAGCCUGGCUGAACAGGCUGGGAUUUUUCUUACCAAAAAACAAACAAACAAACACAGAAACCUGGACCAUGCUAAUGCCUCAGCACUACAGAUCGGCGUGAAUCCGUUCCGGUGGUCUCGCUGCGAGCUCAAGGUUGAGGUGGGUGAGCCUUUACGAAUCGCUCAGGCUCAACAGGGCUCCCCUGAAUGACUCCGAGACUGUGAUCCGAGGAGAAAUAAAAAGACAAUUAAAAGCAAACUGACCGAGUAAACAAACAAACAGUCAUGCGUCUGGUUCUCUUCGCAUUCCUCGUCUCGUGCUCGUGCGCGCGGGGCGGCUGCGAGCCCAAGAUCGUCAACAUCGGCGCGGUGCUGAGCCAGAAGCGCUACGAGCAGGUGUUCAAGGACGCGGUCAGCCAGGCCAACAACAUCUACGGCAGAGACAAGUUCAAAAUGAACGCGAUCUCAGUCACCCACAAGCCCAACGCCAUCCAGAUGGCACUGUCCGUGUGCGAGGACCUCAUCUCCAACCAGGUUUAUGCGAUUUUGGUGAGUCAUCCGCCUCAGUCCAACGACCACCUGACCCCCACCCCGGUGUCCUACACAGCCGGAUUCUACCGCAUCCCAGUGGUGGGACUGACCACGCGCAUGUCCAUCUAUUCAGACAAGAGUAUCCAUCUCUCUUUCCUGCGCACCGUGCCUCCCUACUCUCACCAGGCCCAGGUCUGGUUCGACAUGAUGCGCGAGUUCCGCUGGAACCACAUCAUACUGAUCGUCAGCGACGACCACGAGGGCCGCGCGGCCCAGAAGAGGCUCGAGACCCUGCUGGAGGAGAGGGAGACGAAGAGUAAAAACAGGAACUAUGAAAACCUCGACCAACUGUCCUAUGACAACAAGCGAGGACCCAAGGCAGAGAAAGUGCUCCUGUUCAGCCAAGACACAAAUCUGACUGCUCUGCUCCAGGAGGCCAAGGAGCUGGAGGCCAGAGUCAUCAUCCUGUCUGCCAGUGAAGACGAAGCUGCGGCCAUUUACAAAGCAGCGCGCCAGCUCAAUAUGACAGGCUCUGGUUACGUGUGGCUGGUCGGAGAAAGGGAGAUGUCUGGUAAAGCACUGAGUGAAGCUCCAGAUGGCUUGCUCGGCCUCCAGCUAAUCAAUGGCAAGAAUGAGUCCGCGCACAUCUACGAUGCGGUGGCAGUGGUGGCCCAGUCCAUUCAGGAGCUCUUUGAGAAGGAGAAUAUCACAGAGCCUCCUCGAGGCUGCGUGGGCAAUACAAACAUCUGGAAGACUGGCCCGCUCUUCAAACGAGUGCUGAUGUCAUCCAAGUAUCCAGAUGGCCUAACAGGCCGCGUGGAGUUUAAUGACGACGGGGACAGGAGGUUCGCCCACUAUAGCAUCCUCAACUACCAGAAGACUCGGCUGGUCCAAGUGGGCGUCUACAAUGGCUCACAAGUUGUGAUGAACACUCAGAGGAAGAUCAUUUGGCCAGGAGGAGAAACUGAGAAGCCAAGAGGCUAUCAGAUGUCAACAAGAUUGAAGAUUGUCACCAUUCAUCAAGAGCCCUUUGUGUAUGUGAAACCGACCCUGCGAGACGGAACAUGCAAGGAGGAAUACACUGUGAAUGGAGUCCUGAUCAAAAAAGUGAUCUGCACUGGCCCGAAUGAGACCAUUCCAGGUCGGCCCAUAGUGCCUCAGUGUUGCUAUGGGUUCUGCAUUGACCUUCUGAUCAAGCUUGCGACGACAAUGAACUUCACCUACGAAGUGCAUCUAGUAGCUGAUGGCAAAUUUGGCACUCAGGAGCGUGUGAAUAACAGCAACAAGAAGGAGUGGAAUGGCAUGAUGGGAGAGCUCCUGGGUGGCCUGGCAGACAUGAUCGUGGCUCCACUCACUAUCAACAAUGAACGAGCCCAGUAUAUAGAGUUCUCCAAACCGUUCAAGUACCAAGGGCUCACCAUCCUUGUCAAAAAGGAAAUACCACGCAGUACGCUGGACUCGUUCAUGCAGCCCUUUCAGAGCACUCUGUGGUUACUGGUGGGUCUAUCGGUCCAUGUUGUGGCGGUGAUGCUCUACCUAUUAGACCGUUUCAGCCCGUUUGGAAGAUUUAAAGUGAAUAGUGAAGAAGAAGAAGAAGAUGCCCUCACCUUAUCCUCUGCUAUGUGGUUCUCCUGGGGUGUACUACUGAACUCCGGUAUUGGAGAAGGUGCCCCACGGAGCUUUUCAGCGAGGAUUUUAGGUAUGGUGUGGGCAGGUUUUGCUAUGAUUAUAGUUGCAUCUUAUACUGCCAAUUUGGCAGCCUUCCUAGUGCUGGAUCGGCCUGAGGAGCGCAUUACCGGCAUCAACGACCCUAGGCUGCGAAACCCAUCAGACAAGUUCAUCUACGCCACAGUCAAGCAGAGCUCUGUGGACAUUUACUUCCGCCGUCAAGUUGAGCUGAGCACCAUGUACCGCCACAUGGAAAAGCACAACUAUGAAAGCGCCGCGGAAGCCAUCCAGGCUGUGCGAGACGGCAAACUCCACGCUUUUAUCUGGGAUUCAGCCGUGUUGGAGUUUGAAGCCUCGCAAAAGUGUGACCUGGUCACUACAGGAGAGCUGUUCUUCCGCUCGGGGUUCGGAAUUGGCAUGCGUAAAGACAGCCCAUGGAAGCAAAAUGUUUCCCUGGCCAUUCUCAGUUCCCAUGAGAAUGGCUUCAUGGAGGACCUGGAUAAAACCUGGGUGAGAUACCAGGAGUGUGACUCCAGGAGCAAUGCCCCAGCCACGCUUACCUUUGAGAAUAUGGCAGGCGUGUUUAUGUUGGUGGCUGGUGGCAUCGUCGCCGGGAUCUUCCUCAUCUUCAUCGAGAUCGCGUACAAGCGUCACAAAGACGCUCGUAGAAAGCAGAUGCAGCUGGCCUUUGCGGCAGUUAAUGUUUGGAGGAAGAACCUACAGGAUAGGAAAAGUGGUAGAGCAGAGCCCGACCCCAAAAAGAAAGCCUCUUUUAGGUCCAUCAGUACCAACCUGGCCUCCAACAUCAAGAGACGUAGGUCCUCCAAAGACACGCCAUAUCCCACGGACAUUACCGGCCAGCUCAACCUAUCAGACCCCUCUGUGAGCACAGUGGUGUGAAGGCAAACGAGGGAGCGAGAAAGAGAGGUAGAGUGAGAGAGAGAAUGACAGAGCGAGACUUUGUGGACUAGAAACGGAGGAGAUGGUUGGGAGGGGUUGAUUGACUUUGAGCCAAGCACGCUGAUCCCUAGCUGCUGCUGCUGCUGCCCCGCCAUCUGAGCCGACGACAUGUUCAUUUGAACAAAAAAGAAAAAAAAACAGUGAAAUCCAUCACACACUCCCCUCCCCCUAAGGCCUCUGUGAAACAUGCGCUGGACAUAAACAUGUCACAUGGACAAGACCGUGCCAAAAAAAAAGAACUGCACUGCCACAUUAGACCCUCAACCAUAAACAAACACCUAGACCAUCCACUUCAUUUUUGUAUGCUUUACACAUACACUCAAUUUUAAAUCUGGAGCAUGUAUACAUGUUCAUAGCUCAAGCAAAUUUAUCACACUGCAUUCAUAUUACACAAAAUAUAGGUUUCCCCCUUAUCAUACAUUUGUUCAUUAUGCGGUAAUGUUUGUCUUUCUACCUCCACUUAUUCUCACACACUUAAGAUAUAUGUAGCUAUUUUGAGCACUGACUUUUGCUAAUGUUUCAUUUGUGAAAACAUUUUGUUAUUGCACAUAUAGAGUGUAUCUCUGAUUGUUAUUUGUAUUAUUAGACUAGGCAAUAGUUAAAUAGAUCAUGCAGAGUAGAUCAAGCAGCACUGUAAAUAAUGCUGUAGGUGCAAUAGAGUUUGGCACAUUUUUGGGUCCAUGUUGCACUUUGCUGUAUCCCGCAGUGUUCGACAUAUAGAUCUCUCUCUUCUCUCCACUGCCUUCUCCGAAGUGUGGUCUGGAUCACUUUAGACGACAAUACUGUGUGGACUCUUGAUUAAUUUUUUUGUUUGUUUUCUUUUUUCUUUUUUUUUGUAUCUACUUUUUCAUAAACUCCAAUCUUUCUAAUGAUAAUGGUAACGCGCUGAUCUACGAGUAUGAUGGGGUCUUUUUGGGAAACCAAGUGUGAAAUGUAGCAGAACUCCUACUCCUUUUUAUUUUUUAAUCGAACUAUUGAGCAUUGUGACUCAAACCAAUGAAAGGAACCCUAACAGACAAAAACGUGGCGUAGAUAUAAUGAUACAGCUAUUAUUACAGGUUGUUUUAAGCGGCUCUUUUUGUUUUUCAUAUUUUUUCCUGCUUGAAAUUUCCUGUAAUGAUUUCAGUAUCAUUAUCUGAAGUCGGUAGCAUGCCUCCUUCUGCUACCAGUAGGGUACUUUUCAUUCAUUUCAGAUGUAUUAUGAUAUGUAAUCAGUAUUGUAUUAUCUUUGUAAGUUAUACAUAUAUAUAUAUAUAAUAUGGUGACGUUACACCUGUGUAUAUUUCCCUCGUUCUCUGUUAUCAGCUUGUGCUCUCUCUCUGGGCUAGCUAAAUGGUCACAUGCAAAAACGAGAUCAUAUGCAUUGUCAAAAUGGUCUUUUUCCGUGGCUUGUAACAGUGCACUGAUGAAUGAUAGUAUCAAGUAUUAGAACACUGUAUCGCACUUUUGUCUUAAAACAAUCAGUCUGAGGGCUUUGCUAAGCGAUGUGUGAAAUUACGAAUGUGACCUAUGAUCCUGUUACAUAAGUUAUGGAAUUAUUUUCUAAGCCGAAAAUAUUAAAUGGAGCAAAUAUUUUUUAGACAGUGUCUGAUAGAGAUUGUUAUAAGUGGAUUCUUUGUACGUUCUCAAUUGUGAUGGCUCUUUGGUUUGCGAAGUUUUGACUGUGAACAUUAAAUCCACAAGUGAAAUUCUUGUAAUGCUUUAAGCAUUUGAGUAUAGUAUUUAACUGUGGCUCAGUGAAAAUGAACUAUGGCCUAAACAGACAAAGAUGUUUUCAUAAUGUUCAAGUAAUAGUUUAUCACGUAAUGAUAGGAAGUAUAUUUAUUGUGACGAUAGCUAGGAUACUGGGAAGUCUUUCACCAGGGUGCUUCUGGGAGUUGUUGUCUAUGUGUGAAAAGUGCAAACGCAGUGCUCAAGGUCAUCUAAGGAAGACAGAUGUUCAUGUAAUUAGGGACAGACCUUGGACAAACAUAACCAUGUAACCUGCCUGAUCCACUGUUGUACACAAAUGUUGUGAUUUUUUUUUCUGUAAGGCUUCAAAGAUAUUUUAAUAUAGUCAAAUUGAGUUCUCAUUAAGUUUUCUACCACCAAAUGUGCUUUUAAAGGUCAUUCCUAUUCUGAGUUGAAAGAAAAAUGAAGAUAUAUGUUGAAAAUGUAUAAAUCUAUACUCUUAUGUGCCAAUAAAAUAUAUCAGACUGAAAAAAUAGAAACUGACCUGUGAAUUAUGCAUAGUUCUUGUAGGAUGAUGUUGCAGCUCACUGGUUCACUGUUCCCUGAGAUUUGAUGAGGGACUAGUUUCAGUGCGUGUGAAUCAAUAUUAUAUUUAAUUCAUGUUGUGGUUCUUUUGAAACUACUGGAAGUUUUAUGCCGGAGGCGAGUGGAGCAGUACUUUCAGAACGUUAGGUAAACAGGAGAGUAGGAUUUACAGCAAAGUCAAAUGCAAAAGUCAGUUGGCAAUAAUAUGCGAGUGGGCUGCUGGAGCUGACCUUUAGCACAUGAAGUGGUUUAUGCAUAUUCAGUGUCUGAAUGUUACAAACUCUGGGCUGAAUAAAUUGCAGAACCAAUUGUG